GCAAGCAAAUAGUGGGUAUUUUUGUAGUUUGCCCUAAAAACAAUGAACACCAAAAAACACACAGCGAUCAUUUCAAAGCCCAAGUAAUUUUCAAAAAAAAAAAAAUAAUAAUAAUAACAACAAUAUUGUGAUCAUCGUCUCAGAAAAACAUACAUCCCUCACAAUUUCUUCAUCAUUCCAACACAUUCUUCUUCUCUUUAUCAAUCGCACACAGUUUCACCGUUUCGAGUGUGACGAUGAAUGCAAAAAAAUCAAGAAACGUUAAAGAAAAUGGGGACACAUAUGAAGACUCAAUACUCAUGACUUUAAUAGGCAACGGUGAGGAUUUAGGUCCAAUGGUACGACACUCAUUCGAAAUGGGAAAACCCGAAAGUCUCCUUCACCAACUAAAAAACGUCGUUAAGAAAAAAGAAGUCGAGAUCGAAGACCUCUGCAAACUCCACUACGAAGAAUUCAUCGUUGCAGUCGACGAGCUUCGCGGCGUGUUAGUCGACGCAGAAGAGUUAAAAGGCGAACUUGCAAGUGAUAAUUUUCGGUUACAAGAAAUUGGAAGCACGUUACUUGUAAGACUCGAAGAUUUACUUGAAUCUUACUCAAUCAAGAAAAACGUCACGGAAGCGGUUAAAAUGUCGAAACUUUGCGUCGAAGUGCUCGAUCUUUGUAUAAAGUGCAACAAACAUGUGUCGGAUGGUCAGUUUUACCCUGCGUUAAAAGCUAUCGAUCAGAUAGAAAAAAAUUACAUGAAAAAUAUCCCCGUCAAUACGCUUAGAAACGCGAUAGAGAAACGGGUCCCGGUUAUUAAAAGUCAUAUCGAAAGAAAAGUUUGCGGUGAGAUUAACGAAUGGUUGGUUCAUAUAAGAAGCACUUCGAAAGAUAUCGGACAAAAGGCGAUCGGAUUCGCGUCGUUUGCGCGCCAGAGAAACGAAGAUAUGCUUUCACGCCAGAAAAAAGCCGAAGAAGAAAGCUCGUUAGGGCUCGGUGAUUUUACUUAUUCGUUAGACGUUGAAGAAAUCGAUGAAAAUUCGGUUUUGGAAAUUAACUUAAUGCCGCUUUAUCGCGCGUAUUAUAUCCAUAUAUGUCUUGGAAUCGGCGAUCAGUUUCGACAAUAUUAUUACAAAAACCGAAUGUUACAGUUGAGUUCGGAUUUACAGGUUUCAUCGGUUCAACAUUUUCUGGGAUCGCAUCAGACUUAUUUAGCACAAAUUGCGGGAUAUUUUAUCGUUGAGGAUCGGGUUCUUCGGACAGCUGGCGAUUUGUUAUUGGCUAAUCAAGUUGAAGCAAUGUGGGAAACCGCCGUAGCAAAGUUGACUUUGACUUUGGAAAAUCAGUUUUCGCAAAUGGAUACUGCGAGUCAUCUUCUGUUAGUGAAAGAUUACGUGACGCUUCUCGGGGCGACCUUACGACAGUACGGGUAUGAUGUGGGCCCGAUUCUCGAAGCGUUGACUAAUAGUCGGGAUAAAUAUCAUGAACUCCUUUUGGCGGAAUGUAGACUUCAAAUCAGAGAUGCGAUAAUUAACGAUGAGUGUAAGCAAAUGGUUAUGAAGGAAUCGGAAUAUCAGUCGAAUGUGUUGUCUUUUCUUCUUCAAACGUCGGAUAUCAUGCCUGCAUUCCCGUAUGUCGCUCCAUUUUCGUCGAUGGUUCCCGAUUGUUGUCGGAUAAUUCGGUCGUUUAUCAAGGAUUCGGUUAAUUACUUGUCCUACGGUGGUCAAACAAACUUCUUUGACUUUGCACGAAAGUAUCUCGACAAACUGUUAAUUAAUGUAUUAAAUGACAUUUUACUUUCGACGAUUAAAAGCAGUAACACAGGCGUAUCUCAAGCAAUACAAAUCGCUGCAAACAUAUCGUUUCUCGAACGCGCCUGCGAUUAUUUUCUCCAAACCGCAGCGAAACAAUGCGGUAUCCCCGCUCGAAUAAUCGCGAGACCACAAACUACUUUAGCCGCGAAAAUGGUUUUGAAAACUUCACGCGACGAAGCGUAUCUCGCUCUUAUAGAUUUGGUCAACCAUAAGUUGACCAAGUAUCUUUCACUUAUGGAGAACGUGAAUUGGAUUAUCGACGAUGUCGCACAACACAAAAGCGAGUACAUGAACGAGGUUGUUAUUUAUCUCGACACUAUUUUAUCAACCGCUCAACAGAUUUUACCUAUCGACGUUAUGUACAAAAUCGGUACCGGGGCCCUCGAGCAUGUUAAUAAUUCGUUUAUCGAUACCCUUCUUAGCGACAGCUUAAAACGGUUUACUGAAAAUGCGGUAAUGGGUAUCAACAGUGAUUUAAAAAAUCUCGAACAGUUUGCGGAUGAGAAAUUUCAUAGUACGGGAUUAAGUGAAAUUUAUAAAGGUAGUUUCCGAACGUGUUUGCUUGAAUUACGACAAUUGGUAAAUCUUUUGUUGAGCAGUCAGCCCGAAAAUUUCAUGAAUCCCGUUAUCCGUAUGAAGAAUUACAACACGUUGGAUUACAAAAAAAUCGGAAUCAUUUGUGAGAAAUAUAAAGAUUCACCUGACGGGUUGUUCGGUAGCCUUGCGAACCGAGGUGCUAGACAGAGUAACCGUAAAAAGUCGCUGGAUGUUCUCAAGAGAAGAUUGAAGGAGUUCAACUGAGAAAAAAAAAAGAUUUUGUUUAUUUGUUUAGUUUUAUUGAUGUUAGUUUAAUUACCUAAUUAUCUGCUACCUGAGUUUCUAAUGGGCCAGUUUAUAUAAUUAUAUCCAUUUUUUUAUUCAAAUAA